UUGUUUUUUUAGGAGUUGGAGAUAACAAUACUGUGUUUCUGUGUGUGUUCCUUGAGAUUCGGUGAUGAAAGACCGGCUGGGUUUACGAAAUACAGUUGUUCUAAAGUUUGCAGUGUUUUGGUGUAAGUAGAGAUGAAGGAUACAGUGUUGUUCAGAAGUUUGUGUUUCUGGGGCAAGAGAUACAGUGUUUCUGAGAGGUACUGUACAUCCUGCUGUGGUUUUUCAAGUGGAAAUACAGUUUUGCUCAGAAGUUUGCAGUGUUUUGGUGUGAAAUGGAGAAUACAGUAUUUAUCAGAGGUUUUCUAUUGUUUUGAGUUGCAAGGCUCUCUCUUAUGUCUUUUGAGUUGCUGAGUUGAGUGUGUGUUGCGUUAUAUGACUGAUAGAAGGAGUUGAUGUGUUUUUGUUUGUGUUGAAGGGGUGAAAUUGAGUUGCUAGCCUCGUUGUGUUGCCAUUGUGUUCGUAAGGCUGAGUAUAUUUGAGUUGUGGGCAAAAAUCAGUUAUUUUUUUUCAAUUAAAGGGAAUUUUGUGUUGUUGCUGUUUUGUUUUGAGUUGAUGGGGAGAAUAUUGAGUUUCUAGGCUAAUUGUGUUGCUAAGUUGACUUGAGUUGCUGAAGAAAAUCGCCGUUUUUUUUUUUUUUUUUUUUUUAAGCAAUGUUAAAUUUAAAGCAAUGUUAUUUUUUGUUUUGAAACGAUUGAGUGAAUAUUGAGUUGCGAGGCUCCUUGUGUUGCUAAGUUGACUGUAUUGAGUUGCGGAAGAAAGAAAAUCGAUGUAUUAUUUUUGAAUGUAAAAGCAAUGUUGAUGUUCUUUUGUUUUGAGUUGGAGAGAAUAUUGAAUUGCAAGAAACUGUAUUGCCAUUGAGUUGCGAGAAUGACUGUAUUGAGUUGAAUUAAGGAAGAUAAUCAUUGUGUUGUUUGUUAAGGAAGGAAUAUUUUUGCAGUGUUCAGUUCCGAGUUGAUGGGGAAGAAGAGAGUUGCAAGGCGCAUUGUGUUGCUAAAUUAGCGUGUGUUGCCUCAGAGGUGAUGUAAAUAUAACAGAGAUUUAAAAUAUAGAAGCUUUUAUCACAGCAGUCACACAGAGGACUGAAUCACAAAGAGAGAGAGAGAGAGAGAGAGAGAGAGUCAGUGUGUGUACGUGUGUGCGUGUGUCACUUGCUACAAAAGUACUAUAUAUAUACAUAUAUAUAUACUCAUCUUUUUUGUAUGUGGCAGGGUUACAAUCCUUGCAGUGUUUCUUAAAAGCAAAUAAAUAGAAAAACAUUUAA